AUGAUGAGUUUAUUUUUCAGUGGCUGGAAUUAUUUUACAGGACCAGCUUCUGAAGGGAGGAUUCUUCUGAUUUGGCAGAGGCAGUGUAUCUCAGUUGAGGUCCUGAAGGAGAGUGACCAAUUAUUACAUGUCUAUGCUCAGGAAGUGAGAUCUAAUAAGAAGUUUUGCGUGACUUUUGUGUAUGGUAGAAAAACGAUUGAGGAGAGAAGACAGCUGUGGGAUGAUCUUUCUGGUUUAUGCUUUCCAGCCACUCCUUGGCUUGUGGCUGGGGAUUUUAACGCGGUGUUUGAGGCUACUGACAGAGUUAGAGGCUAUAAUAUUACUGCUAUGGAAUUGGUGGAUGCUCAAAACUGGAGAGCAUUAGGGUUGGUGGAUGAGAUGCGCACGAGCGGUUCUCAUUUCACUUGGACUAACGAGCAAGCUGUAGCUGUUGUUAAUUGGGACUUGAUCUCAGAUCAUUGUCUUUGUAUUAUCAAGUCAAGAGCUGCUUUAAACUGUGGUACCAAACCUUUUAGAUUUUUUCAUAUGUGGACUGACCAUGACAAUUUUAAAGAGACAAACUAUACUACUGCUAAGGAGAAAUAUCAAGCUGCUCAUUUGUCUCUCCAAAAUGACCCUCACUCUUCAGAGUUGCAAAGAGAGGAGAGGAUAGCAGGUGAAUUUUUUGCUAAUCAUGCUAGAUUAUAUGAUAGCUUUCUUAGGCAGAAAAGAAAAGUGAACUGGCUUCGUUAUGGUGAUGACAAUACAACUUAUUUUCAUGCUUGCUUGAAACAAAGAAGGGCGUCUAACCGGAUCACGUCCUUUGUUAAUGAGUCUGGUCAGUUGGUUGAGAGGUUUGAGGAUGUGGUGGAUCACUUUGUGAACCACUUUCAAAAGAUUAUGGGAAGUCAGAGUAGUGCUUCGGUACCUAUUCAGAAGUCUUGCUUCAGAUUUGGUCAUAGAUUAUCUUUGGAUCAACAGAUUGCUCUGAUAAAACCGUUUACUAGAAAGGAGGUGGAGGAUGCUUUGUUUAGUAUUAAUGCUAUUAAAAGUCUGGGUCCGGAUGGGUAUGGAUCGGGUUUUUUCAAAGUCAUGUGGAAGGAUUUGGGAGCUGAAGUUUCAGAGGCUAUACUUGACUUCUUUGAGAGGAAUGCUCUACCUGAAGAGAUAAAUAAAGCUACAAUUACUUUGAUUCCUAAGGUUGAUACCCCUACCGAGGAGGAAAUUCUAAUUGCUUUCUGUUUUCCAGAUAGAUUUAUCAAAUGGGUGAUGACUUGUUUAAGAGAUGCUACUUAUUUGAUCUUAAUGAAUGGUAGGAUUCAAGGUGGCUUUAAAGGGAAAAAAGGUCUCAGGCAAGGCGACCCUAUAUCUCCUUUAUUGUUUGUCCUUGUGAUGGAGUAUUUCACUCGGCUUCUUUGUCAAUCUACCCUUAGCAAGGAGUUCUGGUUUCAUCCAAAGUGUAAAAAUCUUAAACUUGUUAACUUGUGUUUUGCUGAUGACUUAGUAAUUUUUUGCAAGGGCGUGUCUAAAUCGGUUCAGCUUAUUAAGGACUGUUUCAAUGAGUUCAGUCUAGCUUCUGGUUUAUCUGUCAACUUAGAGAAGUCUCAGGUUUACUUUGGGGGAUUGUCUGACAGAGAAGCGCAGCAGCUAGUUAAUAAGCUCCAUUUUUCUAAAGGGAACUUUCCUCUAAAAUAUCUGGGAGUUCCUCUUCGACCUAUAAAAUGGAAAGCUGGAGAUUGUGCUAUUAUUAUUAAAAAGAUUCAGCUGAAACUUCACAAUUGGUCUAGUCUCCAUCUGUCUUUUGCAGAAAGGGAUCAAUUGAUUAACUGUGUUCUUCUAAGUAUCAGGUCAUUCUGGAUGAGCAUCUUCAUUCUCCCCAAGAGUGUUAUCAAGGAAGUUGAUCAAUUAUGCAGAAACUUUCUCUGGGGGCGCAAAGACAGUAAUAGCAAUUGA